AUGUGUAAGGUAACCGGAGUGCCGUUCGUCUUAUGCACCGUAAGUAUAACUCUACGUACCUACUUACUAUGGCAUUAUACAUAAAACUAACUAAUUGUCCCUCUGCGCGCAAGCAGGUCGUGGCUACAAUGAUGAUCGCUGUUGGCCAGAUACCAGCGGCGAGCGCUUUCUUGGAGCCGUUCGCUAGUCAACUUCUUGCCAAAAAAACGUUGUUCAAACAAGCGCUGGUUCCUGUGCACAGUGCCCCGAUCCCUGCUGGACCAGCCCCACAACCAGCCGUCUUGUAUUACGUGCAAUAUGUACCACGUCCGUCACCUCCUUCUUCGACGUCGUCACCGUGCCCGCCCAGCUACCCUGCACAAGGUACGCCGUGUCCGCCGAGUCAUUAUGUCCACUUCCCGGCUCCAUCUCCGGCCCCGCCUAGCUCUCCACACAGCUAUCCAGUGUAUGGUCCACCAAGCCCACCCAGUCCACAACCCACAUACCCAGCAUAUGGUCCACCGAGCCCACCAAGUUACAGCGGUUAUGAGCCAGCGCUCGUUGUCAAACCACAACUGCCCGACGGAUGCACGCACCACAGCACCAGCCCAAGCCCACCACCGGCUGACUACUCCAAUUACAACGUACAUGGUGGACAUGGUUACGGGAGCUAUGGAAGUUACGGGAAGAAAAAAAAAUAA